AUGACUGAAACAUUGGAGAGACGUUUACUUCGCCGUUCCUUGGAUAAUCAUUUGGAUAGCCCUCUGGAUGAUCGUAGACGUCGUUCAUCGCCCCGCCAUUCUCUGACGGGAAAUCAUAAUAAGGAAAAUUUUGGAGUGCAUUUUGUUCGACAUUCCUUUGGUAAUACGAGUCUUAGUGCUCUGCAGGAUCUCAGUAAUGGUAAAAGUCCACGAAGGCCGCAGGAGGAGACUCCGCCAGAGGAUAUAACCCCCUUGGCACGUUUGAAGUUUCGUAAUAAAAUUAAAGAGGAUUCGCUAUCCUCAUCGAGGAUGGGUGAUGUUACCUUGGAUAGGAUGUUGGAUGCCAUCAUAGAGAGUGCCAGGAAAGAUGUUAAAACUGUGGAGCCACCUAGGACCCCAGAAGCGGAACCCAAGGAUGUGGAUAAAGAUGAAUCGAUACAUGAAAUGGAGGUUAGGACACCUCAACACCUGAAACGCCAACGAGUGGUAAGACGUAAAAAUCCCAAAACUACGGAUAAAAAGGCGAACAAAGAAAAGGCAAAAGAAAGGAGGGUACAAGAAAUGAAAAAGGAGGGGGAAGGGCAAACCUCUCCUCCCCACACUUUGAGAUCUCAAUCACGCCACGAAAUGAUCGGCUUAACCUUGCCCAAUGGCAUACCCAGCCCCGAAACUCCUGAGGCCGUGCAGCAUUAUGCCAAUCAUAAAUCGCUGCUGAAUAUGACAACACCACCACCUGCCUCAGAACGACAAGAACAACAGAUGCUCUUUGAGGUGGGCAAUAGUGUGGCUGUCCAUUGCAGUACACCCACCUUGGCUUUGGAGGGCCACUCCAUUAAACGUUGCUUGAGUUUUUCUUGUGCCAGUGAGGAGGAUGCUGAGGAGGGCAGUUAUAGUAAACGGGGAUCGAUAACCUCUUCCAUUGCUAGUUCAACAAAUGAACAGCUGAGUGGCAGCUGUUCUUCUUCUUCCAAUUCGCUCUCAAAUGUAGCCGGAGGAGCAGGAGUGGGACGUGGUUCGCUGGAUGUGGCCAUUUAUUUGGAUAAUGAAACAUUAAAUGUACACGUUAUUCGUUGUCGUGAUCUGCAACGCCCCAAUGGCAGCACCUCAUCCAAUAAUCUCAAUGCCUAUGUCAAGGUGGCUUUGAUCCGCCAAUCGCAAUCCCAAAAUCAAUGCUAUCAACGUACCGUGGUCCACCGCCACUCCAAUCGUCCCUACUUCGAUCAUUGUUUCAAAUUCGAUCUCAGCGAUUUGGCAGCAGCCGUAGAGGAAAUCAAUCCCGACGAUCGCCUACAAAUGUCGGUGUGGCAUCGUGAUCGCCAGCAUAAGUGAGUAUGAUCGUAG